AUGACCAUGGUCAAGGCGACGGAUGCCGCGGCACGCAAAUUCUUUGCCACGCCCGCGUUCGCCGUGGUGGGAGCCAGCUCCAACCCGGCCAAGUUCGGUCACAAAGUCUACGCAUGGUAUCUCCAUCACAAACUCGACGUGACGCCCAUCAACCCGGGCUCGUCUCAUGUGACGGUAGGGACCGAAGAGUACCCGACGCUUCCGAACCUGUCGGCCCUGCCGAACCCCGAGAAGACGGCGGUGUCCAUCAUCACCCACCCAGCAGUCACCCUCGGCGUCCUGGAGGAGGCGAAGAAGGUCGGCGUCCGGUCGCUCUGGAUGCAGCCGGGCACGUUUGACGAAGCCGUCCUCGAGGUGGCGCUGGCCGAUGGCGCCUUCGACUCCGUCGUUUACGGGGAUGGCGGACGGGGGACCGAGGGUUGGUGCGUCCUCGUCGACGGCGAGAGAGCGUUGAAGGAUGCGGGGAGGCUGUGA